CCCCUGAUCGUGGCCUGUCUAUAACUACCAGUCGAUGGGUGUCCAGACUUCUUCCGCAUUUUCCUACGACUUUCGGGCUGUGACGUGAGUGCUGACGGCGGCCUUGGUGCUGGCGGAGCUGGGGGCUGUAGCGAUUAUCAGUGGAGCUUCGAAAGACUCGGCCCCUCCCUCCCUGCGCCUCAGCGGCCCGCCCAGCUAGCACAAACUCCCGAUUGAAUCCUGCCCGAGUCUGGGGAAACCGGACGGCCUGGAAAUCGAGAGAGAGGCCAACUUGUACUACACAAUCUGUGCUGCAGUGACAAAUGAGGUGUAAGGACAAUGGAUGAGGAUGAGACAAGGCUUGCACUCCAUUCCCAGGAUCCUAAAAUAAUUCUCCAUGGAUCAGAUGAGGGUGGUGCUGGAGGGGAGGAGUUUGUGGUGGAGCUGCAGGAGACGGUGCUGGUGUCGGAGGGGGAGGGGGAGGGAAUGGCGGUGCAUGGAUUCGCUCCAGAGGAGCUGGUGAUCCAGGAUGCUGUUGAGGACGUGGUGUCUGAGUAUGUGCACUGCGAUGAGGACGAGGAGGUUGCUGUGGAGACAUGUGUGAUGUCGCUGGAGGGGGAGGACGAAGGCGUUGCCAUGGGGGACAUGCCUGAGGAUGAGAUGGUGGCAGACGGGCAUGCCCAGGAUGAACUGGACCCAGAGCAAGACACAGACGGCUGUGGGGACUACCUCAUGAUCUCCUUGGAUGAGGCAGGCAAGAUGGUGUCAGACGACGGUACAGAGGUGACUGUGGAGGGAGCCGUGGAGGACCAGGUGGAGAAGGACGAGGAUGGCCAGGAGGUGAUCAAGGUGUAUAUCUUCAAGGCAGACUCUGGGGAGGAUGACUUGGGCGAAACCGAGGACGUGGCACUGACGGACUCUACAGGCCGAACGCUCCGAGAGAAGAUGGUGUACAUGUCCCAAGGGGACCAUGGUGCAUCAAAGAUAUCUGAUGAGGUUUACAUGGAGGUGGUGGUGGGGGGUGAGGAGCCAGUGACCCAUGAGCGGUCUUACGACGGCACGGCUCUCAGUAAGGACUUCAUGCCUGUGGCUUGGGCAGCCGCUUAUGGUUCUGAGGACAGUGAAAGCUGUGAGAACAGGAACGGUGCCGCCAGUGCUCUGCUGCACAUUGACGAGUCAGACGGAGUGGACAAGGUCAACAGGCAACGGAACAAGAAUAAGAGAACAAGGGCUGAGCCUCGCCAGGUCCAGACAGAUCAUGUGAUAUCUGGGAGUCAUGAGUUUCUGUUUCCCAUUCCAGCCAUCAUUAUUGGUCCAUAUGGCCAGCCUCUGACCGUAUACCCCUGCAUGCUCUGUGGCAAGAAGUUCAAGUCGCGAGGCUUCCUGAAGCGCCACACCAAAAACCACCACCAAGAUGUCCUGACCAGGAAAAAGUACCAGUGCACGGACUGUGACUUUACCACCAACAAGAAGGCCAGCCUUCAUAACCACAUGGAGGGGCACACGCUGAGCAGCAAGGGUCUGUUUGAGUGUGAGGUUUGUGGCAAGGAGUUCCACCAGCAGGCGGCGCUCUUCUCACAUCGACUGCAGCACCACCACCGUGAGCCCAAGAGUCCGGUGCCCUCACAGGCCAACAAGAUGCACAAGUGUAAGUUCUGUGACUACGAGACGGCUGAACAAGGUCUGCUCAACCGCCACUUGCUGGCUGUCCAUAGUAAGAGCUUCCCUCACAUCUGUGUGGAAUGUGGCAAGGGCUUCCGGCACCCCUCCGAGCUGAAGAAACACAUGCGCACACACACCGGCGAGAAACCUUACUCUUGCCUCUACUGCGACUACAAGUCGGCUGAUUCCUCCAACCUGAAGACUCAUGUCAAGACCAAGCACAGCAAAGAGAUGCCCUUUAAGUGUGAGCGCUGCUUCCAGACGUUUGCUGAGGAGGAGGAGUUGCUGCAGCACGGGCUGACGCACGAGGAGGCCAAAACCCACCUGUGUGCCCACUGUGAACACAAGAGCUCCAACUCCAGUGACCUGAAGCGCCACAUCAUAUCGGUGCACACCAAGGACUACCCCCACAAAUGUGCCGUCUGCGCUAAAGGCUUCCACCGGCCGUCUGAACUGAAGAAGCACUCUGCGUCGCACCGUGCCAAGAAACUGCACCAGUGCCGACACUGCAACUUCAAGAUCGCGGACCCCUUUGUGCUCAGUCGCCAUAUCCUGUCAGUUCACACCAAGGAGCAACAGGCCUCUCCUGAAAAGAAUGGGGCCAAAAGGACCUUAUUGGGGCCUUCCCCUGCCAGUGCACCGGUGGCAAAGAAGCAGGUUUUGGUGCCUGGUGCUAGUUCUAGUGCUGCGGGCAUGGCCAAGGGGCCCAGGGAGAGGAGGGUGUACCAGUGUCAGUACUGUGACUACAGCUCUGGGGAUGCCUCGGGCUUCAAGCGCCAUGUGAUCUCCAUCCACACAAAAGACUACCCCCACCGCUGUGAGAUCUGCUCUAAAGGCUUCCGCAGGCCCUCGGAGAAGAGCCAGCAUAUCGCACGCCACCACAAGGACUUAGUGCAGGCAGAGUGACCCUGGCACUACCUACCCCUCAUACCACAACAAAAACACAAAUGGAACCACUACCACACCAUAAUCAAUUGUAUGUAUGUAUGUAUACUGAACAAAAAUAUAAAUGCAACAAUUUCAAACAUUUUACUUAAUGUUAAAAUUCAUAUUAGGAAAUCAGUCAAUUGAAAUAAAUUAAUUAGGCCCUAAUCUAUGGAUUUCACAUGACUGGGAAUACAAAUAUGCAUCUGUUGGUCACAGAUACCUUAAGGGUAGGGGCAUGGAUCAGAAAACCAGUCAGUAUCUGGUGUGACCACCAUUUGUCUCAUGCAGCGCGACACAUCUCCUUCGGAUCUCGUCACGGUAUCUCUGUGCAUUCAAAUUGCAAUCGAUAAAAUACAAUUGUGUUCGUUGUCUGUAGCUUAUGUCUGCCCAUACCAUAACCUUACCAUUACCAUGGGGCACUAUUCAAUGUUGACAUCUGCAAACCACCCGCCCACACGACGCCAUUCACAUGGUCUACGGUUGUGAGGCCUGUUGGACAUACUGCCAAAUUCUUUAAAACAACGUAGGAGACAGCUUAUGGUAGAGAAGUGAACAUUCAAUUUUCUGGCAACAGCUCUGGUGGAUAUUCCUGCAGUCAGCAUGCCAAUUGCACGCUCCCUCAAAACUGGAGACAUCUGUUGUGUGACAAAACUUCACAUUUUAGAGUGGCCUUUUAUUGUCCCCAGCACAAGGCGCACCUGUGUAAUGAUCAUGCUGUUUAAUCAGCUUCUUGAUAUGCCACACCUGGCAGGUGGAUGGAUUAUCUUUGCAAACGAGAAAGGCUCACUAACAAGGAUGUAGACACAUUUGUGCACAACAUUUGAGAGAAAUUUGCUUUUUGUGUGUAUGGAACAUUUCUGGGAUCUUUUAUUUCAGCUCAUGGGACCAAUACUUGACAUGUUGUUUAUAUUUCUGUUCAGUGUGUGUGUGUGUGUGUGUGUGUGUGUGUCUGUUUGCUGCAUUAACAUGGAACCUCUUCUGUUAUUAUUACCCCAGAGACUCUCAAGCUAACUUUUCUGCAACUGAAAAUGAAUAUAAGUGUACAUAUACCUGGGUAAGGCCUAUGGAAUCAGGUGACAAAGCCCUGUACAGACUUGCACUUUGUCUGCAUAUCCCCCUGCUGGUGAAAGUGUGCAUUGUUGGAUGUGCAAGAAUUCUGAGGUCUUUGUAGAUUCGUACGUUAGUUUUUACUCCACAGCCACCAGUUAUUAAAGUAGCAACUGUUAAUCCUACUUUUACUUGUUGACACACAACUAAGACAAAAUGUAAUCUACAAGCUGUUUGUAUUCACACAAUGAAUUGGACAUUCACCUGCGGCGAAAAAGCAGGUCCACUGAGCAGAGUGGUCGAGAUGAACUCUUAUUCGAAUAGCACUUGCCAAUAUAUUUAAUGAACUAUGAAUGCAGUAAUCAUGAAUUAUACCUGAUGCUUUGAAUGCUGAGACACCGAGAGAAUGUGUUUUGUAUGUGGUUGAGUGCCUGUUGUGAGGGAUGUGUCAGUUAAGACAUUACAGCAAUGUAUCUAUACCCUAUGAAAGUACUUCCUGGUUCAAGUCCCGUACUGUUUUUGAAUGGGCGUCAAGCUUAUAUCAUCAAAUUCAUGAAAAUGUGGUCAUUUAAAUAAAAAAAAUAAUGUCACAUAUUUGUAUCCGUGGAUUAAUUCACCUUUACCCAAUGGAUUUUAUGAACGUUUUUGAUGACAGAAUAUUAAAAAGCAAUUGGAAACCCUAUUAAAGGCAUCAGGUAUAAGUAAAUUAAUCCACGAGUACAAAUAUAAUUUGACGUGUCUUAAAUAACCACGUUUUCAUGAAUUUAAUUAUGUAAGCUUGAUGCCCAUUCAAAAAAACAGGACUUGAACUAGGAAGUAGGCGGGACUUUCAUAGCGUAUUGCGCUUCCUGGUGCUCUGACCCCACAUCUCCAUGUCAUCAUUACUUUGUUGUUUUGAGGAGAACUGUCUGUCUGGUCAUGGACAAUGCCUGGAGAAGGAGUUGACUGCAUCAUAGCAAAUAGCCAUGUCCAUUGUAAAAGCUGCGGCUUCAGAGAGGUUUCUUUUAGUUGAUUCACUUCUUUACACAAAAUGAGAUACUAGAUGUGGUUGUUUUUCCCAUGGGGGUGAUCUAACAGGUAAGCAGUAUCAUUUAGAACCAACCCAUAAACCCAUCUUCAUACAGAAUAUUUAACCCCUAAUAAGCUUGAUUAUCAGAGACCUGAAGUAUGAUGCAGCGCCAGCGAGGCCUUCAGAGUUAGAUUGCACUAGAUCUGGUACCACAGACUCAUGACCACAACAUACUUCCUUUACCCAAACACACAUCUACUUAUGCCAGUGGCCAGGGAGAGGCAUUAGUCCCCUGAGGAGAAAUACAACUUGUAAAGACUGGUGGUAUAUUUGUACUCUGGCCUCGACAGUUCCUUCCCCUGUGAUCAUUUUUGUUGUUUUUAUAUUUAUUUCAUCAUCAUGAACUUUGUUGUAUAAUUCAGUGUAACUAGAAUUCUAUAGGAGGUAAAUUAUUGUUUUGUACACAUUUGUAAAUAAAGUGUGUAGAUGUAAACAUAUAACAGGAGGAAUCAGAGCUGUGUUAUGGAUGUACUUGACGUAUUUGUUAAAAAAGCUACAAAAAUAUAAAAGCAUAAUAUUUUA